AUGCGAUUAAUCGGACUCAGAAUUGUUGUAUUUUUCACUUUCACAUUCUCAAAUUUUUGUUAUUCAAAACACGGUGAAUCGAAUGAUCUAGAUUUCACAGAUCAUACAAAGGUUGGUUUUUUUCGGUACUGAAUGUAAAUCAAAAUUCAAUUUUUUUUUUAAAUUUUAGGGAAGCCCUCAUAUAAAUCGUCAUUCAUACUUCAAACAAGAUUAUCGACUUGGAUAUAAAUUGAAAAUUUUUUGUGAGGCUAGCGGUUUUCCAAGGCCCGAUAUUAUUUGGUAUCAUCGAGGAAAAGAAGUUGAACCGGAUCAUGGAAAAUCAGUUAGUUAACUUUUUGAAUGAAAAUUAGUCGUACAGCAAUGAAUUUUGCAGAAAAAAUCUACAUAUUUGCCUUUACUGUAGACUUCCAGUUUGAUUUCGGAUCACUGAAUUUAGACUUGAAUUCCUCAGCCAAGAUUCAGAAAAAACCUACAGUACCCUAAAGUUUUUAGUCUAAAGUACUGUAGCUCACGAAGUAUGAUUGUAUAUCAGUUUUGAUCAGUAAUAUAGGUUAUAACCAAAUAACUGUAUUUCUGUAAACUCAAAAAAUUGUCAGCACAAAAAAAUUAAAUCAAGAAAGCUUUUCAUUCCCUAUCAAAACUCAAAAUAUGUUCUCAGAUUCGCUACACAAUCCAUGGUUCAACAACAUCUUCAUAUCUCGAAAUCGAUCCAACAACAAUUGUGGACAAAGGAGAAUACGAAUGUGUUGCGAGUAAUCAAAAAGGAAGCCAUGUCGCAAAAUUCCUAACAGAUUAUCAAUUUUAA